AUGUGUGCCACUUUAGGCCAAUAUCAGACCCAAGCAAAUGAGGAGGAGGCCCAUGCUUCUGCCUCAACUGCUGUUACCAACGGUGUUGUAGCGGCCACCUCUGUAGAUAGAGCUAAAGGAGACACAGUUUCUGCAGAUGCCCAAGUAGCUGACAAACCUGAAGUGGAUGUUCCAGUAGGAGAGGGUGCUCCAGUUGAAGAGGCAGCGACAGACAGCAAUGGGCCUGCUGUGGAUGCCCCUGCUACGCAAGUUCUUACUGAAGAAACUGUCCCGCAGGAACAAAGAUCUGAGAAGGAGGAGGGGAAUGAUAUCAGACCAGUCCAGAAAAACCUGUCCACCUCCAGGCCCUUGGUGCAUGAAGAUGAUCCCAGUUGGAGCUUAAACUCAAUUAGAAAUAGUUUCCAGACUAUGCAUGGAUACUUUGACUCCCUGGUGGAGCUGGUGGGGGGACAUGAUGGUGUGUGUGAAUACCGCUGCACAUAUGGAGAUCGUCCUCAACCGCGUCCUGGCUACCAGCUCCCAGAGCCCAAUGGCUGCAGUUCCUCUCUGGUGGGAUUCCAGUUUGACCUGGGGAUCCCUGUUAUGACAAAGUGCUGUAACCAGCUUGACAUGUGCUAUGACACUUGUGGUGCAAGCAAGUAUAACUGUGACUCCACUUUUCGCCUGUGUCUGCGGGGCAUCUGCGCUGACCUUAAGAAAAGCCUGGGCUUUGUGUCAAAGGUACAAGCCUGUGAGUCAAUGGUAGAUGCUCUCUACAACACAGUGUGGACUCUGGGCUGUAAGCCUUACAUGAACAGCCAGAGGGCAGCGUGUGUUUGCAAGGGAGACGAGAAGGAUGAACUGUGAGAGAACACUGUGGACAACUCCUGGACACUUUUACAGAUAAAUAACAGAGUCAAAGGUAUUUUUGCAAGGUAUACUGUAUAUGUAUGGGCUUUAUGUCAAAGACAAGACAACUUUCCAAGAGGUUUUAUUCAUUGGCA